AUGGGAUUUCUAACGAUUCUUAAAAAGAUGAAACAGAAAGAAAAGGAAAUGCGAAUAUUGUUGCUUGGUCUCGAUAAUGCCGGAAAAACAACCAUCCUGAAACGGUUCAACGGCGAACCGAUUGACCAGAUAUCGCCCACGCUAGGAUUUAACAUUAAAACACUGCACUACAACGACUAUGUGCUAAACAUGUGGGACGUUGGUGGCCAGAAAUCGUUGCGAUCGUACUGGCGUAAUUAUUUCGAGUGCACCGAUGGACUCAUCUGGGUCGUCGACAGUACCGACCGGAUGCGCAUGGAAUCGUGCCGCGAGGAACUCACGCUGCUGCUGCAGGAAGAGCGACUCGCCGGUGCCACGCUGCUUGUGCUAGCCAACAAACAAGAUCUGCCCGGUGCACUGACGGCGAACGAGAUCAAGGAGAUACUGCAGCUGGACAAAAUCGAAACGCAUCACUGGUCGAUACAGAGCGUAAGCGCCGUGACGGGAGGCAAACUGGUGGAAGCCAUCGACUGGUUGGUGGAAGAUAUAUCGAAAAGGAUUUUUACACUGGACUAG